AAUAAAACACGAGGAACCAGAAACCUGCAGAAUAAAACACGAGGAACAAGGAGAGUUUAUUGAAAAAAGUGAGGAGAACGAAGAAUUGAGUGAAGAUGAGGACAAACAUCAUGUCAAAACUGGAGAAAACAGUUGCUCUCCAACCAAACAUAAAGAUUUAAAGAAAAGAGUAGCCAAGAAAUCUUUCAUCUGUACUCAGUGUGGAAAAAGUUUGUCAAGAAAAAAUAGUCUUGAUGUUCACAUGAGAGUUCAUACUGGAGAAAAAAUGUUUACUUGUAAUCAGUGCGGGAAGAGUUUCACACAGUCAUCAACCCUCAAGAGACACAUGAACAUCCACACUAGAGAGAAACCUUAUAAGUGUUCACACUGUGACAAGAGAUUCAGUCGGUCAUCACAUCUGAAGAAACACAAGGUAGACCACACUGGAGAGAAACCGCACACAUGUGAUCACUGCGGGAAGAGUUUCACACAAAAAGGACACUUUAUGACACACAUGAGAAUUCAUAAAGGAGAGAAGCCAUUCAUAUGUAAUCAAUGUGGAAACAGUUUUGCAUACUUAGCAAAUCUUAAAGUGCACAUGAAAAUCCACACUGGAGAAAAACCUUACAAGUGUUCACACUGUGACAAGAGAUUCAUUCAGUUAGUACAUAUGAAAACACAUGAGAGGAUCCACACUGGAGAGAAACCGUACAUUUGUGAUCAGUGCGGGAAGAAUUUUGCACGGAAAGGAAUCCUUAUGACACAUAUGAAAUUGCAUACAGGAGAGAAACUGUACACAUGUGAUCAAUGUGGAAAGAGUUUGAAAUGCGAGUUUAGUCUUGAGCUUCACAUAAGAGUUCAUAAUGGAGAGAAACCGUACACUUGUGAUCAAUGCGGAAGGAGUUUCACACAAUCAUCACGCCUUAAGAAACACAUAAAGAUCCACACUGGAGAGAAACCGUACUCAUGUGAUCAGUGCGGCAAAACAUUUUUGAGGGCUUCAGACCUGAAGCAGCACCUGAGAGUUCAUACAAAGGAGAAGCCACAUACAUGUCAUUUGUGUGGAAAGAGUUUUUCACGUUUUUCAACUUUGAAAGAACAUCAGAAAAUACAUACUGGUGUGAGAGAGUACAUGUGCUUUGAGUGUGAAAAGACUUUUACUUCAGCAAACUGUUUAAAACUGCAUGAGAGGAUUCACACUGGAGAAAAACCUUACAAAUGUUCACACUGUGAUAAGAGAUUCAGUUAUUCAUUAAGUCUGAAAAGACAUCAGAGGAUCCACACUGGAGAGAAACCAAACAAGUGUUCACACUGUGACAAGAGAUUCAGUCAUUCAUCAAGUCUGAAAAGACAUGAGAGGAUCCACACUGGAGAGAAACCGUAUCACUGCACUGCAUGUGGGAAGUGUUUCAAUAAUUCAUCUGCUCUACACAGACAUACAAAAAACAUUCACAAGUUCAUUGAAGAAAACGAGGAGAAUGAAGAAUCAAGUGAAGUUGAGGAGAAAAAUCAUGUCAAAACUGGAGAAAAACCUUUGAGUUGCUCUCAAACCAAACAGAAAGAUUUAAAGAAAAGGAGAGCCAAGAAAUCUUUCACCUGCACUCAGUGUGGAAAGAGUUUGACAAGCAAAACAAGUCUUGAGCAUCACAUGAGAAUUCAUACUGGAGAGAAACCGUUCACUUGUGAUCAGUGUGGGAAGAGUUUCACACAAUCAGCACACCUUAAGAAACACAUGAACAUCCACCCAGGAGAGAAGCUGCGUGCAUGUGAUCAAUGUGGCUAAAUGUUUUUGUGGGCUUCAGUCACACUGGAGAGAAACCUUAUGUGUUCACACUGCAACAAGAGAUUCAGUCAUUCAUCAAAUCUGAAAACACACGAGAGGAUUCACACUAGAGUGAAACCCUAUGUGUUCACACUGCAACAAGAGAUUCAGUCUGUCAUCAAAUCUGAAAACACAUGAGAGGAUCCACACUUGAGAGAAACCGUAUCACUGCACAGCAUGUGGGAGGCAUUUCAAACGUUGAUGAGCCCUAAGUAGAUCAUCUUCAGAUCCAGCACUUUCAGAUCUGAUGCUGCGUCCUGAACAAAUGUGAAACAAGAAUGCAUCAAUCUGUAAAAUAUAUUCUGGAUAAAUCUGUCUUAACCAUAACAUGACAAAGAAACAUUAAAGUUUUUACAGUGAAUAAAGUUCAUCUCUGUCUUCAAAACCAGCAGAUUCAACUGAGAUUCAGAUAAACUCAAAGAUGGAGUUCCUCCCCAGAGAUCAAUGUCACAAAGUUUAAUUCUUGUAUAUCAGUUUGUUUCAUGAUUUAAAUGAUAUCAUUUUGCUUUCUUAUGAGUUUCAUUUCAUUCAUAUUCAGUUGUCUUAUAAUGCAUAUCACUUUUAGUUUGCUUAUGUUUUCAUAAAGGAAAGUAGAAGUUUUUCGAUCUGUUCUUGUUCAGGAAGCUGAAGAAGAGACUGUAACAUUUUUAAGAAACACCAAGAUAUAUUUAUAAUUUAUUCUUCAUUGUUCUUUUAAAAACAAGUUAUUCUUCUAUUAUACAUUUAGAAAACACAAAUGCAAGAUAUACUGUCAUGCAGCUUUGUAAUUGAUCCUAAAUUGUUUCUCUUGUAAGUAGAAAUGAGUAUCUGAACCCAGUAAUGAGCCCUGGGGCUAAAUAUGAAAGACCGUGAUAUCGAUAAAACUCUAAUGUUAACUGUUCUGCUUUUGGUGUUGGGGAAUUACAAUUUAUUAUUGGUUCAUAAAUAUUAUCAAGCUAACUGUAUCUUGCCAACUGUUUCUACAUGUGAUAAUAUCCAUAUAUCCAUCUGCGAUGCGUUUUCGGUUUUUGCAAUCCAGAAGGAAUUGUACUUUAUUGUACUUUAGGGCUGUGUGAUUCAUCUAAUUCUAUUUUUGAUUGAGUUUGACUUCCAAGGAUAAUGAAAAUAAGUUGUUUGAGGUAAAGUGAUAUAUUAGAGACAAUCAGAUGUGUCUUGUGGACUUUAUGGCUGCCACGUGUGUGUCUUUUAAAUCCACAUGCCUGCAGUAAUCCAUUAUUAUGAGUUUACACCACUGAUCUAUAACUGGAUUGCUUAUAAUGUCAUAAAAGCAAAGCCACCGCGCGGCCAUAUUGCUAUUCCCUAGUAUUCCCAUACAUUCUGUUGAAUUAAGAGUAAAUCGUUUGAUUUUAAUUUAAGGAGAAAACAUUACCUAACUAGUCAGCAUUUUUAUAUCUCAAGUGUUUUCCUGUACAUUCUUACAAAGCAAAUGUGCUGCAUGUAAAAUGUUAUUUGUUUAAUGUUGAGAAACUCCCCUUCCCAUUAAUAAGUAUCAUAUUCAUUACAGUAGCAAACAUCAGAUGAACAUUAUGCACAUCAGAUGGACGAGAUCCUCAACAAAUGUACUACAGAUGAAAAAAAAUUCUUAUUUCGAAAUCUGAAUAAAAACUGUAUACUUUAUACUUUAA